AAUUAAGCUUAAUCAUAGGCAGCUGCAUAUUAUUAGGGAAUGGCAGUGGGGCCACCUCCUACACGUAAUCGUUUUAAGCGUAAUAUGCGAGAGUAGUUGUGGGUGGGGCGGAAUUUGCAUUAGUGGAGGUUGAGCAGCGGGAGAUGAUGAUGAUGGCUCUUAUGCUGUGAAUGCUGUUUGGUUCUGGUGAGUAGUGAGCAGUGACAGCCUGUUCCGUGAUUAUUAUUAUUUUCGCUUUACAAGUUUGCUGUGAAGUGUACUGGAAUAUAAAGAUCAAGAAAGAAGACACAGUGCCCACGCUUUCACGUGGCGGGUCAUCCAUUACCCAACGACGUUGAUCUCUUUGCUGUCUUCUACCACAGCCCAGAAUCUUCUUCGAUGGGACAAAAAGAAAGCGAGGAUUAUUAACUUGCUCUUAAAAAAGGGUAAGAGUAGGAGGACCGUUAACUAAAGUACAAAGUCACUAAUGAUAGAAAUAAUGUUGUUUGAAUGAAUUUAGAUCUAAAUUUUACGGAUAAAGAAGUUUUCCCCUCCCCCUCUUUUUUGGAAAAGCGCCAAUAUGCAUAUGUAGAAAAACUGAAAAAGGGAAGCGGGGAAGGAGGAGCAACCAUUUGACUUGGGACACAUAAUUAACUAUCUGAACAUGACUCAUACAUAUAUACCCUUUGAGGAAAUUGUGAAAAUGGUGUUCGGUGUUCCUUUGUCCCAUUGGGAGUACAGAUCGAGAUGAGACCUAAGAAUGGUUUAUGAAUGCCGAAUGCUAACCAGUAAUCUCCGGGGGAGCGUUAUAUUGAUUUGAUCGAAAUGUAUCCUUUUAUCCUUAUUGCUCAGGACAGACAUGUAUGUCUUUAUGCAUCUAUAUGUGCCAAUGUCACGUUCACUCUCCUUGGUUGCUUCACUGGAUCAAUUGCUUAUAAUACAACCAAGAAAACAAAAAACUGAAAAUCAAAGAAGGCAAAUAAGAAAAUGGUGAAAUAUUAUCAUAUCCUGUGUCUCUCAACUCUAUCCUUGUUUCAAUGCUUCUUCUUCUUCAUACCAUGUGCUGCUACCACUACUACCAAGUCUGCUGGAAUUCAGCCAACCAAGCUUGUAGACUCUGUUUGUCGGAAAACUUAUUCGAGUUACUCGUUCUGUGUGGAGUCUCUCUAUAGCGACCCAAGGACUCCAACUGCUGACAGCUAUGUGCUUGCCUACAUCUCCUUUGGCUUGGCGUAUCUCAAUGCCUCCACCACCCAACAGCAUGUUGCCCGCCUGUUAAACAAGACAGCAGCAGGGCAUAGCCAGCAGCAGCUGCAAAGAUGUUACCAUGAUUACAACAAGGCCAUUUCUGCGCUGCAACUCGCUUACAACGACCUCAAUUCCGAAACUUUCUUUGAGCUUGCUGAUUUGGCAGGUGUUGCUUCUCUUGCUGCCGAUGAUUGCCAAGCUGCUUUGAAUACCACUUUUUCCCCUCUCACCAACAUGAAUAGUGAUCUCAAGGGUCUCUGUAAAAUCUGUGUGGUUGUCUCUAAACUCUUUACUGGACUUACUCUGAAAUGAGAGUUUAUUUUAAUUUUAUGAUUCAUGUGAACCAACUAGAAUGCAAUCAUGAAUGUUGAUAAUGACAAAACAGAUGUGUACGUGUACUGAGUGCUCUUCUUAAACAAUCGAUUAUGGCUUCAAAUUCUGAGGUUACAAAUUGAGUUUGUCAGUGUUUAGUUGUUGGAGCUGUGGGUUGAAAUCAUGCAUCAUAAAAGUGACGAAACAAUCUUCAACUCUUCAAGUGAGUGGUCGGUACUAAUAACGUUGAUCGUUGAUGUUUUUAUUUAACCAAAUUACAUUUUACUAUUAAGAAAUGAGAAUGUAUAUACAUAGCAAUUACUGGCCAUAAUCUGCACUCAUACUUAACCAUGUCACCUUGGCGGAGUAACUUCAACGGAGUAAUCUCCGGAAACACAGCAAAACAACCUUCACCGGCAAGCCAGCUCCAGGCCGAAAUAUGUCUUGACGCGCCGACACGCACCACCCAAAGUUGUCUCUGCAUAAAGAACCAAAACUCAGCAAACUGAAGGAUAUCAGUCCCACAUCGAAAACAAGAGUGAGGUAACUCACUAUUUCACCUAUAAAAGGUCCACUUCUCUCUCUUCAUUGAUUAGACGUUCAA